AUGAACAUGGUACUCUGUAUGAUAACCCAUGGAAAUGUUAGGCCUCAAGUCGUCGGCGGGGUGGCCUCCGGAAUUGGCCUCGUAUCUGAAGGUAUCUCGGCCAAGAAGAGACGUUCCGCAAUGAAGAAAGAUAACGCCGAGUACAACGACGACAUUGCCGGUCCAUCGCAACCCCCAAGUUAUGACGAGGUACUGGAUGAGGGCGAUGAGGAGAAAUGGGAUCUCGAUGACGCUCAGGACGAACUUGAACGUGCAGCUGGGCCAGGGCCACAAUCUCCGGCCGGAAAGCCCAUUCGAAAUGUCCACAAACUUACAGAUGCAUUCAUGGCGAGACACCCUGUUCCCGAGUAUAUAGAUGAGGCACCAAAAUUACAACUACCGGUUGUCCUUCCACAGCGUAGACCAAAAGAUCGACGUCGAGGGUUCAUUCGAGCAUAUGCACCCGCGCUCGAAACGAAGGGUAUCGAUCAAGCCACGUUUUUGGAAUUUAUCGAGACUUUUGACAAGGCCAGCCAAGCCUCUCCAUGGAUUCAGGCCAUAAACCUCGCGGGAUUCGCAACUAUUGCACUAGCCCCGCCAUUCUCUAUCUUGGUUUCAAUUGCGAUUCAAACGACCGUCAAUGUUGCAACGGAGGUACACUCUCGAACAAGAACAAAUACUUUCCUAGACCGAGCCAACAACGAAUUCUUCCGUCCCAGGGGCCUCUACUGCCUGGUAAUGACCUGGAAUCCAGAGUCUGACCAACGCACUGAUACGAUCGACAUCACAUCGAGCAUAUUGUCGAAGACAACCUCUAGCUCGAGCACGACACAAAAGCUCAAGUCUAAACUAAAGUCCUCCGAUGGGAAUACUUACGGCGACCUCGAAUUUCCGGAGGUAGCCCCACUCAUCUUCCCGGCUCUUGACGAGCUGGCGGAUCAGACGGGUGAAGAGGCCGCUACGAAGAGGGAGAAGCUUAAGAGGGCCAAAAAUUUUACAUCGGAGUAUUUUGAUAGAAGGGCCGUCGCUAAAUAUGCUGGAGAGAAUCCAAAUAGCGUAUUGGCCUCGCAGGCAGGACCCAAGCCAACCUUUAGUUCGAGAUAUGCGGACCCGAACCAUCCUGCGGCGAGCGGGAACUUGAUCUCGCUUGUGACGGGCGGGUAUAUCAACCCCCCAUCGCUGGGGAGUGGCGGUUCUGGGCGGGGUUUCGGCGGUGGUCGAGGGGGUAUGGGUGGACAAACAGAUAUGCAUGGAAGACAAGGCUUCGGAGGUGGCUUGGGAGGACGAGGGAUCGAAAAUACCGGAAUGGGAAUGCUAAUUGGGAGUUUGGUCGAUCGAGGUCGAACCGCAAAUGGGGACUUUGGAAAUCGACAGCGAUACCAUGCGAAUGACAGACAUGACUUGCAGCAAGAAAGAAAGCCAAUGACGGAACAAGGAAGAGGCACGAUGAUCCAGCAACCCACUGCUGGGUUUGGCCAAGGGAGAGGAGGUGGAUUUGGGGGAAUAGACAAUCCGAUCGCAGCGCUGAAUCCGAUUAUGGGAAUCAAGAGGAUGCUGAAGGAGCGAGUCUUGUAUCUGAUGAUUGUCAAUAUGCCGUCUGAUGAAGAGCUCGCUGCUGCGGCUCGGGAGAUUGAGCGGGCUAGAUGAAAGGAGACGAUGGGUUGAUAGAGAUUACAGCUGUGCUCUACAUCAGGGGUCACUAGUAACUGUAACGAGUUCACCAGUACGCAGGAUAGAACAUAAUUCUCAG